CCGACGGCAUUCGACUGACAUCGUAAACCAAUAUUGUCACCACUGGUUGAUGAAUUUGACAAUUUGAGGCCAAAUGCUCAGUCUUGUGCUGUCUUGCCCGCUCCCCCCUACAAAUUUUGAGCGAUAACAGCGAUUGUGAUGACCAUCACUUAAAGAAGUCAUCUAUUUCGGCACGGAGGGCGUGGAACAAGCACGCGGAGAGAAUCAGCAGACCAUUCUUGACUCUAGCCCUGUUGCACCAUUACUUUCGCUAGUCCGUCACCUCUUGGAGUUUGAACCUGUUCUACAUAGUCUCCAGUUAGAUUCUUGCCUGCUCCCCAACAACUCGAGAGCGCUGGUGUCUUGGUCUUUCACCCCCAUCCAGCCUUCUUCACUUUCAUUCUUAGCCAUCAUCCAUCCCACUUCGGAUACAACACAUCAUUACUCCCAUUAUUCCCAUCAGUCAACCAACUCCCUUGUCAUGGCUUCUUCUGUCACCCGCUCGUGCAUCAUAUUACUCAGCCUUUUUGCUUUAUUUUUGGCCCCAGUCUCGGGUCAUGUUUUCGUUAAACACUGGAAGACUACGUCCGAUUCAGACUGGCAACCUGGUCAGAAGGAAUGGAAGUUGGAAAACACCGCAUAUCGUCGAGCCUCGGACAGCAUUGGAUGGGUCGGCAGCAAGUUUCUGACUGCCAACAAGGCCAUCGUGUGUGGGGCUUCGCACACGCCGAAGGGCUACGUAGCCCCAUCCGGAGGCAAAUUCUUUUCGGACGCCGACGAAUCGGCGGGCAAAACGUUGAAAGUUCAAGCUGGGGGAAAAGUAUCUCUGGUUCUGCAGGGCGAUACUGGUCGAGGAUAUCCUCAUUAUCACGGUCACAUUCUGGCGUAUCUCGGCAAAUGCGGUCCAUCCCCCACUGCAUGCCAGUCCUUUGAUGCAUCAACUGCCUCCUACUUCAAGAUCCAAGAAGUCAAGGACGGCGUGACACAGUUGCGCAAGCAUUAUUCUUCCCAGUUGGGUGGUGAUGUGUGGGACGUCCCUAUCCCGAAGGACCUUGCCUCGGGCAGCUAUAUCUUUCGAUUCGAGAUAAUCACCUGGGGUGAAUCGGUUCAAAGCGAAGGCCUUCAGGACCAGUACUACCCGUCAUGUGGUCAACUCUAUAUCGAAUCCGAUCAUCAGGCAUCAGCAAACAACGCACCUUCGAUCAAAUUCCCGGAGGGUUAUCACGACGGAAACUUGGGGCCUUCGUCGACUCUACCAGGUCCGACCUUGUAUUCAGAAUCUCGUCGUCGAAGAUCAUUGCACAAGCCUUCUAAAUCGCGGCACCGAAAAUCAUUGCACUCUCCCUCGAAAUCGAAACAUGGAAAUGCCUGAAGUUGCAGGUCCUUCUGUGAUCGGUUCAGGCGUUGGGACUUGGUUUUCAUUUUUCUUCAUUUAUUGUUUCAAAGCUCCCAUGGAAAUUGUUAUUUCCAUUCAAGGAGAAAUGUUGCUCUGCUUGGGAAAUCAGUCUUGUUGUUGAGUAAUAAGACUUUCCUGACCUUCAUCCCUGCGGGAACCUAUGUCUCAUGUUUUUGUUGAAGAAGAUGUUACAGCUGCUUUUUUUUAUUUUUCAUACUACUGUCGCCAGAUAUAUUUGCCCAUAACCAAUGACAAGUCCCUUCUCUUCGCAAUUCACACUCGUGUCGUGAAGCACACAGAGCGUUCGUCAAA